AUGCGACCGAUUCUGUAUCCUUGGGACACACUCGGAGCUCUGAUAGUCGUCAUAUACAUGCUUGUUCCGCAUCGAAAUCGACCUUGGCUACGGAAAGCAAGGUUCCUUGUCUUCGCGCUGAAUCUGGCGUAUACAGGGUAUCUGAUCAAGUAUGUCAGAGCAAAGGGCGUCGCGAACGCUCUAGGGAUUGGACUGAUUGCUGCGUGGAGUUCCAUCUACAUCCUAGCGGUCAUCGUAUGCAAUGACCCGCAACGAGACUUCAUGAGGAUUGAGAGGACAGAGGGCAUAUUCAGCUGGGACAAAGGGCAAAACGACAACUCACAGAACGGCGCCGCAAGCCCAUCUUCCAGCAAAAACAUGGAGCAAACUCGAGACCUCCCCGAAAUAAGAGAGUCACUCGGUCCUUCCCAACGCCAUGGUGACUUCGCCUGGCAACCCUAUCCAUCCACCCCCUUCAUCGAGCGCCUCGACUGGGUCCUUGACCUCUUUGCCAACUUCCGCGGCGCAGGCUGGAACUGGCGCACGAUAGUCACGCCUCCGCCUCCAAAACCCGUUCAAGAGCAACUCCUCCGCAAUUCCGCCAUCCAGCCCAAGCACACCUUCCGCGCGCACCCGAGUCAAACGCGCGCCUAUCCGACGCGUCGUGCGCUGCUCAUCGCCAACGCGAAGACGCUUCUUACGGGCUACUUCGUCCUAGACAUCAUCAAAACGAUAGGGAGCCACGACCCGUAUUUCUGGGGGUACAUUGAUCGACCGCCGGCGCCUUAUCUCCCCUCUUUCCUCCUCUCUUCUCCGAACCUGAUACACGCUUUCCGCCUAGUAAUCUGCCAAUUCGCUAUAAAAUGGGCCCUGGAAUCCAUAUUCGCGCUCGCACCGUUGUUCUUUUCUGGCCUUCUCGGUCCAAACAUACUAGGCGCACGCGCAGAACCCUGGAUGUACCCCGCGACAUGGGGCUCGUAUACACUGGUGCUAGACAAGGGGCUAGCGGGCUGGUGGUCGGGCUGGUGGCAUCAGACGUUCCGGUUUGCGUUCGAGCAGCCUAGUAAGAAGAUUAUUGAGGUUAUGGGAUGGGAUCCGAAAGCGCCGACGUCGAAAGCGGUGCAGUUAGUGGUGGCGUUUGGGCUGAGUGGGGCGCUGCAUGCGAGUGGCAGUGUAACGUGUCAUGGCUCGACCUUCCCACUCACAGGGCCGAUGCGGUUCUUCCUGCUGCAAGCUGGGGCGUGCUUUGCCGAGGGGAUUAUCCGGCAAAGUCUAAAGGGGAGCGCGUUUGCGAAGUGUGUGCCCGGAUGGGUGAAGCGUACGCUGACGUUUGUGUAUGUGCAUGUGUGGUUCUAUCAUACCGCGCAUUUGUUGUGCGAUGACUUUGCAAGAGGCGGCGUUUGGCUCUUCGAACCCGUCCCGAUCUCUCUAUUUCGUGGGCUGGGUUUCGGCGCCGAGGGCGAUGGGUGGUUGGCUAUAGAAGUUCUCCCGUCGUGGCAUCGUGGGCCCACGUGGUACAAGACUGGAGUCACAUUCUAG